UAAUCGGGUAGAAGGUAAAAAAUGAGAAAUUAGUUUUUUCGUCAACUUUUUGUAGAAAAUUGUAAAAUUGCUCCUGAAAAUCCGCCUUUCUUCGCUGCACUCCACGAUCAGGGGCCUGUUAUUCCGUGGUACUUACGCGUAAAGUGAAACAUUCUCCGUUCGUGGCUCCCGUUUUCAGAAAUUAGGUGGCUGAGAUGGGGGAAAAGAUGGAUACCUCAAGUCAACCGAACCCGCUGGCGCUGAAGACGAACGCGCACAUCGAGAAGGUGUUCCUGAUCACGUUGAACAAGAAUCCGCAGAAAAACAAGCAGCUAGUUUACAUGGAGGAUGUGGCGCAGGGUGUGGAGAGUGGGCUCCUCGAUCUGGAAAUCCUCGAACAGGCCCUUUUUGAGCGGAUCCUGCUGUUCAAUCCGGCCGAAUAUCUGCUCCCCAACAACAUCACAACCCCGGAAACGGCCCAAAUCUCGGAAACCAAGGUCCUGCUCUACCUGUACGGUUGUUUCGCUCGCAACGAGAAACCGAUCGAGAACGGGGACAGUGUGGGGUUGGAAAAUCAGCAAAAGAUGAAGGCACUCAUCCUGCGAAAUACGUGCACCUCGCUGAAGCAACCGGAACUGUACGAGGGCCAGAAUCUGCCGAAUCAACUGUUGGACAUCUUCAAGCAAGCGGAAUUCGACGACCAGCAAUCGAUACGGGCGCAAUUCAUCUCGGAAACGGUCCGUGAGAUAUUUGCCGACUCGGAAAGCGAAGAGGAAGGUUACGUCGUGAUACGGAGCAUCUUCGGACCGAUGCUAGUGGAUGUGCUGAAGGCGCUGCGCACCGCAUCACUGAUCAGCAUGGAACGCUGGGUUAUGCCCUUCCUGCAGGUGUUCCCAAGCGAUAAGACGAACCCCAGGUUGGCACACAUCUUUCUCGAUUACACCACACCACCGGCCGGAUCGGAGGGGAUAAAAUACUCGGAAUCAUUGCUCGGGCAGCUACUGUCCCUGUCCAUCAUGCCACGGAACCAUAACGGUCCGUAUGAAUACUACGAAACGUCCGUCAUCAGUAACCGAACGGUGUGCGAUAACUUCUCGUCGAAUCUGUGGGAUUACACCAAGGUGCAUCUCGAGAUGAUGCACGGAUUCGUGAAAAGCUUCCUACUGCUUGGUGGAGAAGUCCGCGCAAAGAUUCUGGAUUGGUUUGGCAAGUGUUUGCACGCGAACGUUCCCCGUGGUCAGAUCUGGAACACACACCAUGGGAUGGGUAUGUUUGGCAAUCAAACGACAGCUCCCGAUUCUUUUAGCAUCAAUCUGGCCGGAGUGCUGCUGCGACUCUGUCAACCGCUACUGAAACCGCAGCUUAAGGUUCUGAUCGUCGAUCCGACGUAUUGUGCGGUCCGGGAGGCGGACAAACAGGCGAAAGGUGUCCACAUGAUCGACACGGAGAAGGAAACCUGUCUGCUGCCGCUAGAGAAUGAUCAAGAGGCACGGUUAGAGGCGGACAAGUAUAACUUUGUCACCGAGUGCUUCUUCAUGACCCACAAAGCGAUCGAUCUGGGUUAUCGCGUGUGUAUCGAGAAGUUUUUCCGCGCUAACCGUGAGCUGCACCGACUGCAGACGAUGUACCAAGAUGCGUACCUACAGAAUGGGGCCGAUGCAGCGAACGAUCUGAUGCAGAUGCUCACCUCACAUACGCAGCAAUUCCUCUGUCUACAGAAUGUGCUCCUCGAACCGGUCACCGAUAAGCUGCUGCUACAGUUCUACGAAGCAUCGGCCAUCUGGUUAACGCAGCUCAGUGCCCGCGAUGCGCGCCGGAUCGAUGAGCUCGGCAGUGCGACCGGCUAUGCGCCACAAACGGUUGAAGAAGUGCAGCUGCCCCUGGCCAGCGAUGGUGUGUCCCGUGUUCUGAAGUGCAUUCCCGAGUACAUCAUGGAAAACAUUGUGGGUUAUUUGCAGUUUUCGAGACACUUUGAAAGCCAACUGUUGCGGGUUCACGUCGAGGCACAGAAUUCCAUCUUCACGAUGAUCCUCAUCUUUAUGGGCAGCUCGGAGCGUAUUCGCAAUCCGCAUCUGCGCGCCCGGAUGGCCGAGGGAUUGGAGAGCUUGCUGCCGAAGGAAACCGAUAGGGGAGGGUUCAGUUUCAGUGCUGCGUUGUUCACCAACCAUCCGCACCGGUUGGAAAUCAUUCCGAAUUUGUUGCGCGUUUUCGUGAGCAUCGAAAUGACGGGCCAAAGUGUACAGUUUGAGCAAAAGUUUAACUAUCGACGUCCGAUGUACGCUAUUAUGGACUAUCUGUGGAAAAUUGAUGAACAGCGGGAGCGGUUCCGUGAGUUGGAACGGCUCGCCAUCGUCAACAUCGAGGCUGAAGAUCCACCGAUCUUUCUGCGCUUCAUCAAUCUGUUGAUCAACGAUGCCAUCUUUCUGUUGGACGAAUCGCUCAGCAAUCUGCAGCAGAUCCGCCAGAUGCAGGGUGCACAGGAUGCGGGCGAGUGGGAGCAGUUGCCACAGAACGAACGCCAGCAAAAUGUGGCCAACCUGCGGCAUCUGGGUAUGCUGGCGCGGUUCGAUAACAUUCUGGGACGCGAUACGAUCAACAUUCUGCAGCUGCUGACGUCGGAGACGAAAUCGAUCUUCUGCCACUCGUCGAUGGUGGACCGGGUGGCGGCCAUGUUGAACUACUUCCUGCUCAAUCUGACCGGACCAAAGAAGGGUAACUUUAAGGUGAAGGACAAGGGUGAGUUCGAGUUUGAUCCGGCCAAAACCGUGCUCGAGAUAUGCCGCAUCUACGAGAAUCUGAAAGAGUGCGAUGCGUUCUGUUUGGCCGUAUCGCAGGACGGUCGCAGCUACAGUCCACAGCUGUUCGAGUACGCGGAACAGGUCCUCACUCGUAUCGGUGGUGGCCAAUUGAUUGGCGAGAUACGCGAGUUUUCGCAAAAGGUGCAGCGUAUCGAGCAGCAGCAGAAGAUCGACGAGGAAGCACUGAUCGAUCCGCCGGAUGAGUUCCUUGAUCCGAUCAUGUCCUCACUGAUGAUGGAUCCGGUAAUACUGCCAAGUUCGCGCAUUACGGUAGAUCGAUCGACCAUAGCGCGUCAUUUGCUCUCGGACCAGUCCGAUCCAUUCAACCGAUCCCCGUUGACCAUGGAUCAGGUGAAGCGAAAUGACCAGCUGAAGGCGGAAAUCGAUGCUUGGGUGGCCGAAAAACGAGCAGCUCAUGCAGCAAAGAUCGCUGAGGCCGGUGCGCCAGUCGCCGAUGCCGCCGCAGCUACCGCCUCUGUAGAAGAAUCGCCUAGUGACCAAUAGCCCACCUUUCCACCGCUGCAAACCUAGCCAAUCGCUUUAGCACAUCGUUCCACUUUGUUUCCUCUGUUGUUCCUGAUCCGGGGGCUUCAGUAUCGUGUAUGUUUUGGUUUUAUUUUUAAAUCUAGUGCAGGGUUUUCGCUAAUUUUAACCAAAUCUAAGCUCUAGCUCGGGACUGUCCGCCGCCGGUAAUUGCGGACCGGAACACCAUUAGUUACGUAUCUUGGAGUGUGUGUAGCUGCAAUAAAAUAAAGACAUGAAGCCCGAUCACUUCGUCGGGUGGACCAUUACACGUGUA